ACCGCUAGCAAAUCUCAGUCUUAUCAAACUCCUCGACGGAUUACACACUCGGUAUAGGAACACCUCGGAAAUCCACCGCCGGUCAACCCGCUAGAGUCUUGUAGUGCAUCUCAGUCACGUUUUGGUAGUUGUCGAGUGUGUACUUAUCCGUGUCACGGACGAAUCCCCCAUCGGAACGCAGAAAUCGUGUCCCCGUUCCGUCGAAUCCGUGUUCGUUGUGAUAGCCAUCAAAUCCGGUCUCCACACGUUCCGCCGUGCCCGCCGCAUUGCUGUAGUGUUCGAUGCAGUAGUGGCCGUCAACGCUCGUCAAUCAAUCACCAUUUAGAAAAGUUCGAAAAAGUUUGCACAGCGUGUUAGCAGUGGCCAGCAAAACGCGCGACCAGUCCCGGUUGUCCGACACACCAGCUUAGUUCUGUAGUUUGUUAGUUGCAUCACGAACCGUCGUCGUCGUCGACACUUCGACACUUUAGAAACCAAACCAAACCAAACCAAAUCAACCCAAAACCACACACUCACAUCCGAUACACACUGACCCCCGACACUAUACCGCAUCGCAGAACAUCGCCAAAGUCCGCGUCGUGCCGUUUGUUGUUGUUUGCUGUCGUCCAGAUAUCCGAAGAACUCGGCAUCGGUCGCGUGGUCGGUGGAAAUCCCCCGAUAAGGUCGCCGCAUUCUAAAUAAUCCACUUGAAGCCGUCGGACGGUAGCGUGCAAAUCACUCCACCACGGUGAGCUGUGUGUGCGUCCUCCAGUGUCGGGUCGGGAUAUUUUUGGAAGCGUUCGGAAAAACCGACCGGAGCAAGUGCGCUUCUAGCUGGCUGACUGGCUGGCUGGCUGGGUUGGAAAAGCCAGACGCCCCCCCGAACGCCAGAAUCCACGGAGCGGAGGAGAGAUAAAUUUCAUCCACGAUUUGAGUGCUGUGCCGUAGCGGCUAAUUGAAUCAGCGGAAGUUCAUUCAAAAUUGAACGCUAUCACUCGGAAAGCAGUUAUCUAUAAAUAAAUAUUCAAACCAGUAUAAAUAAACCAUUAGUAGUUAAUUGAUAGUUUCUCGUUCUUUUUUUCGGGAUACCGAGUAGUCACAGUAAGAGCUAACGCCAACUACAGUAAAGUUAAAUAAAAACACACUACUGUCUGUGCCGUUGUGUUGAUAGUAGAGUUCGUGUGUAGAUUUUGUGUAUCUCUCUCUGUGUGUGCAGUGUAGAAAAAGGUUAAGGAAAUCAAUUCGAAAAAAUUCCGUAAUCUAAGUAAAAAGUAAAUAAACACCAUUCAUUGCCGGCAUUAGAAGAGUGUUGCCGUUUUUUGCUCUAGCCAAGUUCAAGCCAUUUUUUCCGAGUCAAGUGAAUCUUCGAAGUGCGGUGGUAGAUAAAUAUUAAUAAAGCUAGAAGAAAUUGCCGAACUUCAACAAUAAUCUACAAUUCCCUCCGAAGCAACAGCAGCUGAGUUACGAAAAAGUACGUCGUCGAGCGUCGUCCGAGCACGUGGUCAGUAGCGUUGAAUUCACCAGCCGUCUGUGAUUCAGCUUAAGUAGAAGAAAUAAGGAGUAAAAAAGGCCAAAAAGGCAAGGCAGAAGAAAAGUUUAAGCCAAGUAAUAAAAGUAAAUUUUGGCUCGAAAUAAGCCGAAAAUUUAGUGUUCUGUGAUUACCCAAUAUAUUGUCAUUGUACCCGCUUGAAGCAGAAGAAGAAAAAAAAAAUCGAAUAAGUUUUUGAGUUCCCCGGCUGCUAAAAGGAGGCAACCCAUAGAUCACCAGUUCGUCAUCAUCGUUGUGGUUCAAGCUGAUGAUCUGAUUAUUAUUAUUGAUCGAGCGAGCAAGUGAAAAAUUCAGAUUCUGUGAUACCACAGUGAUAAUAAAUAGGAAGAAGCCUUUCCCAGAGUGUCCCAACGUCGUAGGUUUUAAUUGCGGUGCGUUAUACACGUGUGUUCUAGUGGUUCGAGAGCAUAGUCAGAAGCAUUUACGCCCCGCUAGAACAAGCAAUCAAGCUGUGGAAGAUGGAGCACCAGAACCAGGACCUCGGAGCACAUCAGUCCAGCAAUCAGGCGGAGGUGCCGAACGAUCCAGGAAAAAUGUUCAUCGGAGGACUCAGUUGGCAGACAAGUCCAGAAAGCCUUAGGGAUUAUUUUAGUAAAUUCGGAGAAAUCACAGAAGUCAUGGUGAUGAAGGACCCCACGACGCGAAGGUCUAGCUCGUCUGCGAUGGGAUUGGCUGAUUCCUCUGCUCCCCUCUACUCGAGACCAAGAGGGUUUGGCUUCAUCACAUUCGGCGAUCCUGCCAGCGUAGACAAAGUAUUAGCACAUGGUACACACGAAUUAGAUGGUAAAAAGAUCGACCCCAAAGUAGCAUUUCCUAGGAGAGCACAUCCAAAGAUGGUGACGAGAACGAAGAAGAUAUUUGUGGGUGGUUUAUCAGCGCCAACCACGCUGGAGGACGUGAAAAGUUACUUCGAACAGUUUGGACCGAUCGAGGAUGCUAUGCUGAUGUUCGACAAACAGACCAACCGACACAGAGGUUUUGGAUUCGUCACAUUUCAGAGCGAAGACGUGGUGGAUAAAGUUUGCGAAAUUCACUUCCACGAAAUCAAUAACAAAAUGGUCGAAUGCAAAAAAGCCCAGCCCAAAGAAGUGAUGCUUCCAGCGAACCUGGCGAAAACGCGCACCGCCGGACGUGGGACAUACGAUUUUAUGUGGUCGCUGGGGACUUUACCUGAUGGUUUUCCCGCCGCCGCAUACGCUGCCUACGCAGCCGGCCGUGGCUUCUCCGGCUAUCCGAGCUUUGGACUACCAUACCCCACAGUGGACAUCACGAAUGGACAGUUGACACCAAACAAUAACACCCCACUGCUAACACAAGCCCUGUCAGUGAUGAACAACUAUCAAGCGGCAGCGGCCGCAGCAGCACAAGGCUACGGUACACCGGCGUCCCCGCACACGACGACCGCGCGAACCGCCGGCUUUACCAACACCAACUCGCCCGGACCGACGAUCGACAUGUACAGCUCGAGCGCGGCGGACAGCGUAGGAUACGUUCAGGCCACGAGCCCGCAGCCAUCCGGAUUUCCCGCGAUCGCCGUGAGCCGCGCACCACUGAACUACAGCCCGGGACAACUAAUUCCAGCAGCAUUCACCAACGGCUACCAUUGAAAUAAACUAAGCAAUAUAUGAUCACCAUCUUCGCUAUUAUUUUGGAACGGGGUGUGAUUUCCAUUUGUCCCAGGCAUGACAGCAAGCACGCAGAGCUACCAACUUUAAAACAAAACAAAAAAACAACAACACGAGGACGUUUAGCAAAAAGUACAACCGCGCCAGUCAGCAAACCCAGCAGUAACCCGUGAAUAUGUAAAAAAAUUAGACAGCAGCUAAAAUUGGGCUAACUAAAUGCGGCAUCCACACACAACUUUACUACACACACACAUACAAAUAAACGCACGCGACUUGAAUUAAAAACCAAACAAUCAUUUUGCAACCGAUUAAAAGCAACAAAGCUUUUACACCAACUAGCAGCAGCUUGCCGAAACACACACACACGUGCGCACAUGCAUGUGUCAAAAUGAUUAUUGCGCUGUGUCGUCGUUGUUUACGUUUUUUGUGUACAUUUUCCGUUUUUCGCGGGGUGACGACAAUUAGUCAGCCAAUUUUGGGGACCGAGCGUGUUGCUUGUUUUUAUGUGUAAUAAUUGCACCAGCGAUAAAAAGUUAUUCGUGGAAAACAAUUUUCCCACCAUGUUUGCAGUGCGAAAGUUAAAAAUAAUAUUUUGAAACCGGCCUCGAUGUCGGUGGUGGUCGGUCAGCGUGAAGCGGAAUGAAUACACAGAAAUACACACGAAAAAAAAAUCUGGUAAACGGUAAAUUGUAUGUGUCGAGCGUACGGGAGAAUGGUUUUCUGAUGUCCAUGACAGCGGGCUGGCUGGGCGGCAAAAAACGCGUUCGUCGUACAUUUGUUUUUUUGUGGGGAAAAGGAAAAAAGACACAAAGAUCACGAUCACACAAACACAGCAAAGUAAAGCAAAAGAAAAACGAAUUACAUAAUCCCGUGUAGGACUAACAACUAACAACCACAUUCACAAAAUGAUAAUAAUGCUACCCCAGAAAACAAAAAAAAAAACAAGGAAUAGCAAAAUAUUCAACCAAAUAUACUAACACAACACACCCACACACACCCAAACACAUAUUUUUAAGCAAAGAAAACAACAAAAAAGAACAACAACAACAACAACAACAGAAGAACACAAAAAGUGCAUCAUUGUUUAAGCUAUUAAGGAUUAACCAAAAUGAGGAAAUUUGUUUCGUAAAAUAUUUGUUAUGCUCUUUAUAUUUACUUAAUUUUUACUUUUAAAUAAAAUUAUUAUUACCUACACUGUAAGGGCUAGACGGAGGAAACCCGAUUUCUAAGCUAUCUAAGCGACGGCUGAGAACGUACUGUGAAUGUGUUUGAGCAGUUUUAAACACAACAGUUGAACGAACGCGUUAGAGGUAAAGUGGGGCAAAAGUGUCCACUUGCGAGCAAAAAAAAAUACACAAUAAUUAAACAAAACUUAUUACGUUUCUGUUUUUUCUAUUGCUGGAAGCAAGCAUUCUAUUGAAAUAUACUAUUUUUACUUCGUGAAAGAAUUAAAAAUAUAAUUGUAAAGCGAUAAACGGAAACGGAGACAGACAGACAGUGGUCACAGCUAGAGGUCUUAGGUAUAUAUAUUUAUUAAUAUGGACAGACAGGAUGCGAUCGGAAGCUAUAACAUUUUUGCGCAUUAAGCGAUCGUUUUUAGCACCUAUUCCUACUUUACUUUUCAAUUUGCAAGCAAAACUAACUGUACGAUACUCUAUUUGAAUUCAUCCUGCUGCAGCUCUCACCCCCAGUAACAAGAACAACAAACAACAACAAAAUAGAACAAACAAACAAAAAACAUACAAAAAAUAAUGCGAAGGAGGUUAGCCAAAGAUAAACCGCAUAGAUGACCGCCCUUAUUUAGAACACAGACAGAGCUUCACAUUGGAUUGGAUUCUAUUUUCGAACUCUACACACCAAAACAAAACGGCGUCCGGGCGCAUAGUAGAGCGGCGGAAGCGAAAAUGAUAAGCCGCAAAACAACAAACAAACACGUAACGAUAAACCGGCAAAUGGAAAAGCAAAAAAAAAAUUUGUGUGCGGAUGACAAAAGAAACAGAUGCAAGCGAAAAGGGAGAAAGGAAAAAUGCAAUAAUAAUAAUUGUUACUAAAAGUAAGACAGUAAGCAAACCAAACAAAAAAAAACAACAACAACAACUGUGAGGUAAUGUGGAAAAAAAUUUAAAUUUAUCACCAGGCAGGCAGAAAUUAGUGGAAAUAAAAACAGAAACAGACAGCUAUGAUUCAGGUGCAAGGAGAAGUUUAAAACUUUGGAUAUUUUUUACGCUGAAAAGUGGAAAACUAUCCCGAGUGUGCGCGCGCGCGGGCGGUAAAUUCAAAUGAGAUUGUAAAUUAUUAUAAAUACAUGAAAUAUAUGAAUUAAAUAAAAACGUAAUUCAAAGAAAG